CCGGAUUUGUCUUUUUAUAGUCUUGUGCUGGUCUAUACCUUGAGGCUGGACUUCGACCUAGACUGACCUGGACUAAAACUGGACUGGCUCCAUUAACGAUAACUCCCCCACCAUCAUGGCGCCCCCUACCUAUCUGGGCCUGACAGGGAAAAAGCUGUCCCUGACGGUCUCCACCAUUGCGACUAUGGGUUUCUUGUUGUUCGGUUAUGAUCAAGGUGUCAUGUCGGGUAUUAUUUCGGACCCGGCCUUCAACAACAUGUUCACAGCCACCAGGAAAAAUGAUGUGAUGCAGGCGACCGUUACAGCUGUAUAUGAAGUUGGAUGUCUCUUUGGUGCCAUCUGGGCCCUCCUCUUCGGUGACUGGAUGGGUCGUCGUUGGAUGGUUAUCUGGGGUGCCAUUGUCAUGAUUAUCGGUGUCAUCAUCCAGGUCACGGCCAUUACCGACCAAAUCCCUCUGCUGCAGUUCAUCUUCGGUCGUGUUAUCACUGGUAUCGGCAACGGCAUGAACACUUCCACCAUCCCCACCUACCAGGCUGAAUGCUCGCACGCCAAGAACCGUGGUCUGCUCAUCUGUAUCGAGGGUGGUGUUAUCGCCAUUGGUACUAUGAUUGCCUACUGGAUCGAUUACGGUGCCCACUUCGGUCCUCAGGACUUGGUCUGGCGUUUCCCUAUUGCCUUCCAGAUUUUCUUCGGUGUUAUCAUCAUUGUCGGCAUGUACUAUCUGCCCGAGUCGCCUCGCUGGCUCGUUGCCCAUGACCAGGUUCCCGAAGGUGAGAGGGUCAUUGCUGCCCUCCAGGGUGUCGAUAUCGAUGACCGCCAGGCUCAGGCUGAGAAGAACAUUGUCAUUGAUUCUGUUAGAGUCUCCGGCGCUCAACAAUCCUCUUUCUCUGACCUCUUCACCGGUGGCCCCUCGCAGCACUUCCGUCGCAUGAUUGUCGGCUCCUCGUCGCAGUUCUUCCAGCAGAUCUCCGGUUGCAACGCUGUCAUCUACUAUCUGCCCGUUCUGCUCGAGAACUCCAUCGGACAAUCGCACAACUUCGCCCUCUUGAUCGGUGGUAUCAACAUGAUCUGCUACGCCAUCUUCGCCACCUUCUCCUGGUUCUUCGUCGAGAAGAUCGGUCGUCGCAACCUCUUCCUGGGCGGUUCCGUCGGUCAAUGCGUCGCCAUGAUCAUCGUUUUCGGCUGUUUGAUCCCCGGUGACCCCGAGACCGCCAAGGGCGCCGUCUUCGGCUUCUUCUUGUACAUGUGCGUCUUCGGUGCCACCUGGUUGCCCCUUCCCUGGCUCUACCCCGCCGAGCUCUCGCCCAUCAAGACCCGCGCGAAGGCCAACGCCGUCUCCACCUGCUCCAACUGGCUCUUCAACUUCACCGUCGUCAUGAUCACCCCCGUGAUGGUCGCCCGCAUCAAGUGGGGCACCUACCUCUUCUUCGCCGCCUGGAACGGCCUCUUCGUCCCCGUCGUGUGGUUCUUCUACCCCGAAACCGCCGGUCGCACGCUCGAGGAAAUUGACCUCAUCUUUGCCAAGGGCUUCCUCGAGAACAUGUCCUACGUCCACGCUGCCCGCGAACUCCCCAAGCUCUCCCAGGAGGAGAUUGAAGAAAAGGCCGCCGAGUACGGCAUCAUGGACCGUGAAGAGAAGGUUGAGGAACGCAUUGCCGAGACCGACCCGCCUGCUUCGCAGGAGUUGGGUUCUUUCCAGCCCAGCCAGCUGUAGGCUGUACAUAGUACUUUUUUUUUUUUUCUUUUUUCCCUUUUUCCCUUUUUCCCUUUCUAUCUUUUUUCUUUACUCUCUAAUUUCCUUUUUUAUCUUUUUGAUGUUUGUGAUACCUAGCACAGAUGGCUGUGUAUGUCCUUGUCUUGCUGGUAAUGAGCCAUGAUGUCAUGGUUGGGAGGAAAAUGUGGUUAUAUUGCUCUGCAUUGCUGCACAUUAAUAUUGCUUUCUAGUAUCUAGAUGAUAUACUACAAGUAUACUUGACUAUCUUUUCUUGUAGUUUUGACUACAGAAUACAAAAAUACUUCUCGAAU